AAAGCAGAGCUUCAAUCUGGGGUCAAGGCCAGAGCAAUGGACACCUUAUCCCAGUCAUCCUCAUCCUCUUCCUCCGAUAAGGCCCCAGCCCAGACUGUGAUAGUCUUUCUUCAGAAGAACUUAGAAGUCUUAAAAAAAAAAAAAAAAUGUGAUUGAAAAGGGGACAAAGGAAAACUGGUACCAAGAGGACUUUCCAGUUUGUUUCUGGCCCUCCAUCCAGAAAGAUGCCUCAGGUCCUGCUGUUCACCUGCCUCUUCAUCACAGUCAUCCCGCUGUCCUCCCUGGCCCUAGAUCCUUGUUCGGCUUACAUCAGUCUGAAUGAGCCCUGGAGGAACACAGACCACGAGCUUGAUGAGUCUCAAGGGCCGCCUCUGUGUGACAACCAUGUGGAUGGGGAGUGGUACCGCUUCACGGGCAUGGCAGGGGAUGCCAUGCCCACCUUCUGCAUCCCAGAAAACCACUGUGGGACCCACGCGCCUGUCUGGCUCAAUGGGAGCCACCCCCUAGAAGGCGACGGCAUCGUGYCACGCCAGGCCUGUGCCAGCUUCAAAGGGAACUGCUGCCUGUGGAACACCACGGUGGAGGUCAAGGCCUGCUCCGGAGGCUACUUUGUGUACCGUCUGGCCAAGCCCAGCGUCUGCUUCCACGUCUACUGUGGGCAUUUUUAUGACAUCUGUGAUGAGGACUGCCAUGGCAGCUGCUUGGACACCAGUGAGUGCACGUGCUCCCCUGGAACCGUGCUGGGUCCUGAUGGCCAGACGUGCUUUGAUGAAAAUGAAUGUGAGCACAACAAUGGUGGCUGCAGCGAGAUCUGCGUGAACCUCAAAAACUCCUAUCGCUGUGAGUGUGGGACUGGCCGCGUGCUAAGAAAGGACGGCAAGACUUGCGAAGACAUUGAAGGAUGCCAUAAUAACAAUGGUGGCUGCAGCCAUAUUUGCCUUGGGUUGGAGAAGGGCUACCAGUGUGAAUGUCCCCGGGGCUUGGUGCUAUCUGAGGAUAACCACACUUGCCAAGUCCCUGUGUUGUGCAAGUCGAGUGCCAUUGAAGUGAGCGUCCCCAGGGAGCUGGUCGGUGGCCUGGAGCUCUUCCUGACCAACACCUCCUGCCGAGGAGUGUCCAAUGGCACCCAUGUCAACAUCGUCUUCUCCCUCAAGACAUGUGGCACCGUGGUCGAUGUGGUGAAUGACAAAAUCGUGGCCAGCAACCUGGUGACAGGUCUACCCAAGCAGACCCCAGGGAGCAGUGGGGACAUCAUCAUACGGACCAGCAAACUGCUGAUCCCGGUGACCUGCGAGUUUCCCCGCCUGUACACCAUUUCUGAAGGAUACGUUCCCAACCUUCGCAACUCCCCCCUGGAAAUCAUGAGCCGGAAUCACGGCAUCUUCCCGUUCACCCUGGAGAUCUUCAAGGACAAUGAGUUUGAAGAGCCSUACCGGGAGGCUCUGCCCACCCUCAAACUUCGCGACUCCCUCUACUUUGGCAUCGAGCCCCUGGUGCACGUGAGCGGCCUGGAGAGCCUGGUGGAGAGCUGCUUUGCCACCCCCACCGCCAAGGUGGACGAGAUCCUCAAGUACUACCUGAUCCAGGACGGCUGCGUCUCGGAUGACUCGGUGAAGCAGUACUCAUCCCGGGAUCACCUCGCCAAGCACUUCCAGGUCCCCGUCUUCAAGUUUGUGGGCAAAGACCACAAGGAAGUGUUCCUGCACUGCCGGGUUCUUGUCUGUGGGAUGCUGGACCAGCGUUCCCGUUGUGCCCAGGGUUGCCACCGGCGAGUKCGGCGUUCAGCAGAGGAAGGAGAGGACUUGGAGGGCCUGCAGAGCCAUGUGCUUACUGGUGGCCCAAUCAGCAUCGACUGGGAGGACUAGUUGGUUGUAACACCAGAGUCCCUGAUUUGAGCCACACUCCUCUCUGGAACUUCUCCCCACAACCUCUGAGAACAUUCCAGAACUUUCUAGAACACCUGCGUGCUUUUAACUGGGUACUGUGCAUUUACACAAACUCCCAGAAUGGACUCACUAAUUCUACUUCACUGGGUUGGAAGAGGCCACAGCACUGCUGACCAGUGUGGCCUGGGUGGGUCUUCCUAAUGUGGAAAGCUAAGCACUCCACAGAGAAGGCUCUUCCAUUUCCUUCGUUUCUUUCCUACAAUAAAAUAACUCAUGUAUGAUGUAAUAGGACCACUAAAAUCAGA